GAAGCUUGGAGGCCAGGGGAGGAGGGCUGGCAGGACUAAGUCCUCUGAUAGGACCACUCCCUGGAAUAUUUCCGAGGUAUCUUGGGAAGGAGCCACAAUCUUGGAUUCUGAAGUCUUUACAGUUCUGCAGAACCACCCUCCUGGGAGGCUUUACAGGACAAGAACAAUGGAGACCAGCGGGAAGUUCAUUUGCAGACAAAGGCAAGUCCUUUUAUUCUUUCUCCUAUUGGGCUUAUCUCAGGCGGGUUUGGAACCUAGGCGCUAUUCUGUGGUGGAGGAAACUGAAGGGCGGUCAUUUGUAACCAAUUUAGCAAAGGACCUGGGUCUGGGUCAGAGGGAUCUCUCCAAGCGGGGAGCUAGGGUCAUUUCCAAAGGGAACAAACUACAUUUGCUUCUUGAUCAGGAAACUGGAGAUUUGUUGCUAGGUGAAAAACUGGACCGGGAGGAAUUGUGUGGUCACACAGACCCGUGUGUGCUGCGUUUCCAGGUAUUGCUAGAAAAUCCCUUAGAGUUUUUUCAAGCUGAGUUACAAGUAAUAGAUAUCAAUGACCAUUCCCCAGUAUUCAUAGACCGAGAUAUGUUGCUAAAAAUACCAGAGAGCAGUCCACCUGGAACUACAUUUCCACUGAAGAACGCUCAGGAUGUGGACGUGGGCCGAAAUAAUAUUAAGAACUAUGUAAUUAGCCCCAAUUCCUACUUUCGGGUCCUUACCCGCAAUCGCAGCGAUGGCAGCAAAUAUCCUGAACUGGUGCUGGACAAAGUGCUAGAUCGGGAGCAGGAAUCUGAGCUCAGGUUAACCCUUACAGCUCAGGAUGGUGGCUCUCCACCGAGGUCUGGCAUCGCUCAGAUCUACAUCGAAGUCGUGGACAUCAACGAUAAUGCCCCUGAAUUUGAGCAGCCUCUAUACAGGGUGCAGAUUCCUGAGGACAGUCCCAUUGGCUUCCUGAUUGUCACAGUCUCUGCUACAGAUGUAGACACAGGAGUCAAUGGAGAAAUUUUCUAUUCACUUUUCCAAGCUUCUGAGGAGAUUUGCGAAACCUUUGAGAUCCACCCUGAGACAGGAGAAAUUCGAUUGAAAAAACAACUUGAUUUCGAAAGAAUACAGUUCUAUGAGGUCAAUAUAGAAGCCAGAGAUGGCGGCAGCCUUUCUGGAAAAUGCACCGUUCUGAUUCAAGUUACGGAUGUGAACGACAAUGUCCCAGAAGUCACCCUGUCUGCGUUUACUAGACACAUACCUGAGAACUCGCCUGAAGCUGUCGUUGCAGUUCUCAGUGUUUCAGAUCUUGAUUCAGAAGAAAAUGGGAAAAUAAAUUGCUCUAUUCAGGACGAUCUACCCUUUCUACUGAAAUCUUCCUUGGAAAAUUUUUACACCCUAGUAACAGAGGGACCGCUGGACAGAGAGAGCAGAGCAGAAUACAACAUCACCAUCACGUUCACUGACUUGGGGACCCCCAGGCUGAAAACCCAGCUCAACCUCACGGUGACCGUGUCCGACGUCAACGACAACGCCCCGACCUUCAGCCAGACGACCUACACCCUGCGCGUCCGCGAGAACAACAGCCCCGCCCUGCACAUCGGCAGCGUGAGCGCCACCGACAGAGACUCGGGCGCCAACGCCCAGGUCACCUACUCGCUGCUGCCGCCCCACGACCCGCAGCUGCCGCUGGGCUCGCUGGUGUCCAUCAACGCGGACAAUGGGCAGCUGUUCGCGCUCAGGUCGCUGGAUUUCGAGGCGCUGCAGGCGUUCGAGUUCCGCGUGGGCGCGGCCGACCGCGGCUCGCCGGCGCUCAGCAGCCAGGCGCUGGUGCGCGUGCUGGUGGCGGACGCCAACGACAACGCGCCGUUCGUGCUGUACCCGCUGCAGAACGGCUCGGCGCCCUGCACCGAGCUGGUGCCGCGGGCGGCCGAGGCGGGCUACCUGGUGGCCAAGGUGGUGGCGGUGGACGGCGACUCGGGCCAGAACGCCUGGCUGUCGUACCAGCUGCUCAAGGCCACGGAGCCCGGGCUGUUCAGCGUGUGGGCGCACAACGGCGAGGUGCGCACGGCGCGGCCGCUGAGCGAGCGCGACGCCGUCAAGCACAGGCUGCUGGUGCUGGUCCGGGACCACGGCGAGCCGCCGCUGUCGGCCAGCGUCACGCUGCACGUGCUGCUGGUGGACGGCUUCUCGCAGCCCUACCUGCCGCUGCCGGACGUGGCGGCGGCCGAGGCCCGCGCCGACCCGCUCACCGUCUACCUGGUGGUGGCCUUGGCGUCCGUGUCGUCGCUCUUCCUGUUCUCGGUGCUGGUGUUCGUGGCGGUGCGGCUGUGCAGGAGGAGGCGGGCGGCGUCGGGGGGCGGCUGCUCGGUGCCCGAGGGUCCGUUUCCGGGCCACCUGGUAGACGUCAGCGGCGCGGGGACCCUUUCCCACAGCUACCAGUAUGAGGUGUGUCUGAGGGGAGGAUCUGGGACCGGCGAGUUCAAGUUCCUCAAGCCGAUCAUGCCCAAUUUCCAGAGCCACUCCCCUGGGCCAGCAGAAGAAAACCCCAACUUUGGUUUUAGUAUUCAGUGACUGUAUUUUUUUUUCCUAUUACAGAUAUUUAAAAUUGGUAAAUUCAAGGUAUGAAUUUUCUGGCAACCUAUUAAGAAUUUUUAAAUCUCACUGCCUGCAAAUUUUCUUAUAUUACCCCUUUGUUUUUGAAAAGAAAAAAAGUAUCCUUUUUUCAUUAGUAUAAGAAGAUGCAUGGUCCUAAUUUUGCUCUCAAAACACUUAUGAAGUCAGUAGUUGUCAAAUUCUUGUGGAAUAGCUUUGGAAUAGAUUAGGAAAGCAGCGGAAAAUUAAUUCUAUGUGAUCAAUUGUGUUUCCUUAAAUUUUUAUUUUAAAUCGUUAGGUAAAUAAGAGCAGUAAGACACUAACACGAAGUGUGCCUAAUGGGCGAGGAAAUACCUGGUACAGUGAGAAUCUGGUUCUUGCUUUAUUCUGCUCUCAUAGCUCUUCACUCUGAUAAUUGUUUUCUUUUAAAAUAUACUAAUUGUGCUUCCUUUCAUUAAUAUACUAGUGUUAAUUUAAUGUAAUUAUUUUAUUGCCUUCCAUUUAGUGCCGUUGCUGUUAACAGGAGAAGUAUCUACAUUAUAUUUAUCCAGUGACAUGAAAUAGCAUAGUAGUAAAAUUGACUUUUUCUGUGAAAUAUUGAGCAUGUGUGAAAGAAAAUGCAGUGGCCACCCAAAUCCAUUGAUCCUUUCUUCCUUAAUAACUGGUCCCAAAUUUCAUGUAGGGCAUUAGUAUGUUUAUUCAAAAGAAUACAUUUUCUUACCUUGACAGUGGAAUGGAGUAUUUGACUAGUUUAUUGCCAAUGGAAUGUAUAUACAUAUGUUGUAGGAGACUUCCAAGAAGGCUAUUCAGUUAGAGAAGUCUUUCUCUAACUGCCCCUUAUAGCCAGGAAUGUGUAAGUCAUAGCUGGAACACAAUUAACCUUGUUGGUCCAUAAAGCAAUACUAAGGAUGGAAAUAAUGUACAAAGACAAGUCAGUAUAGAAUAAACUUA